UGGCGCCGGUAGAAGAGGCCAUUUUGAUUUACUGUCGAUUGACAGUAUAGUGGUGAAAGAAGAAUAAUUAAUUUUAUUCUUCUAAGAUUUGAGACAGACAGGAAAAUAAAGUUUUCAUGAAUGAAUAGGUCAUCGUAUAAUAUGGCCCGGUACGGCCAGCGUCCGGAAAAUGCCCUUAAGCGGGCAAAUGAGUUCAUGGAUUUGGACAAGCCUGCAAGGGCACUGGACACCUUGCAAGAGGUGUUCCGGAACAAGAAAUGGGCAUACAACUGGUCGGAGUCCGUCUUGGAGCCGAUUAUGUUCAAAUACCUUGAAUUGUGCGUGGAUUUGCGCAAGUCCCAUAUUGCGAAGGAAGGAUUGUUUCAAUAUAGGAACAUGUUUCAAUCUGUGAAUGUUGGAUCUUUGGAACAAGUAAUAAGAGGAUAUCUACGCAUGGCAGAAGAGCGUACAGAGGCGGCACGAGAACAAUCUACUCAAGCCGUUAUUGAGACAGAUGACCUUGACAAUCUCGCUACACCAGAAAGCAUUUUGCUCAGUGCAGUGUCAGGAGAAGAUGCACAAGAUCGAUCAGAUAGGACCAUACUUACACCAUGGGUUAAAUUCCUGUGGGAGUCCUACUGCCAGUGCCUGGAGCUGCUUCGUACGAACACCCAUGUAGAGACUUUGUACCAUGACAUUGCACGCAUGGCAUUCCAAUUCUGCCUAAAAUACUCACGUAAGACAGAGUUUAGGAAGCUUUGUGAUAAGCUGCGGAAACAUCUGGAAGAUAUUUGGAAAUCUAAUGCUCAGCCAGGUAGUGUCAGUAUGACAAAACCAGAAACCCAGCAGCUGAACUUGGAAACCAGACUGUUUCAACUGGAUAGCGCAAUCCAAAUGGAAUUAUGGCAGGAAGCCUACAAAGCCAUAGAGGACAUACACAACCUAAUGAACAUGUCCAAGAAGACUCCCGUAGCUAAAACAAUGGCUAAUUAUUAUGGCAAGUUGGCACUUGUCUUUUGGAAGGCUGGUCACUGCCUCUUCCAUGCUGCUGCUUUGUUAAAACUCUUCCAGCUGUCUAGGGAGAUGAAGAAGAAUAUCACCCAAGAGGAAUUGCAAAAAAUGGCAUGCCGAGUCUUAGUGGCUGUACUCUCUGUGCCUCUACCAUCACUGCAUCCAGAGUUUGACCGCUUUGUCGAGACUGAUAAGAGCCCUGUCGAGAAAGCUCAGAGAUUGGCUGUUCUUCUUGGCCUUGCUCAACCACCUACUAGAGCUAACUUGUUGAAAGAUGUUGUACGUCUGAAUGUGGUGGCGCUGGCGUCGCCUCAGCUACAACAGCUUUACAACUGGCUCGAGGUUGAAUUUGAUCCGUUAACAAUCUGCCACAAUGUGCACACUGUCAUCAAAUCUCUACAGGAAGAUCCUAAUUCUUCCCUCGCUCAAUACACGACGGCGCUAACGGACGUAGCUCUCGUUCGUCUGAUCCGUCAAGUUGCGCAAUGUUAUGCUUGCAUUCAGUUCUCUCGUCUGCUGGAGCUGGCCGGCACUGAUGACUUGUUCCACAUCGAACGUCUCCUGGUCGACUGCGUGAGGCACAACGACAUGCAGAUACGAGUUGACCACGCCAACAAGAGUGUUCACUUCGGUGUUGAGGCCGGUGGUGGCGAGUGGUGCUCCGCGGCCGACGAAGCUUGCGGUGGCGCCAUACUCCAGGCGACUCCCGCCGAACAGGUGCGCGAGCAGCUGGUGCGCGCGGCGGAGGUGCUGUCGCGUGCGGCGCAGGAGCUGCUGCCGGCGCGGCGCCGCGCCGAGCGGGAGCGCGCGCGCCUCACCAUGGUGCAGCACUACCACGAGAACAAGCACGCCGAGCACCACCGCGUGCUGCAGCGACACAAGAUCAUCGAGGAGCGCAAGGAGUACAUCGAGCGUCUCAACACCGUGCGCGAGGAGGAGGAGCUCCGUCGUCAAGAGGAGCAACUCCGGGCGGCAGCCGCGGCCGAGGCGCGCCGACUGGAGCAGGAGCGCGAGGAGCGCGAGAAGAAGCGUCACGCGUCCGAGAUGGCCGCCAUGCGCGAGCGGAACUUGCGUGAGCGACUCGCGCACAUCUCACAGACCAUGCACGGAAAGAAGGUGCUGCAAAAGUUGGACGAAGAGGAUUUGAAAAAAAUGGACGCAGAAGCAAUUGCCCAACGCGAAGCUGAAGAAUUGAUGAAGGAACGACGCGAAUUACAAGCUCGUCUCAAGUCUCAGGAGAAAAAGGUGGACUAUUUCGAGCGCGCUAAGCGGAUUGAAGAGAUUCCACUUCUCCAGAAGAGCUUGGAAGAGAAACAAGUUCAAGACAAGGCAUUCUGGGAGCAGCAGGAGAAAGAACGCAUCGAACAGCUCAUCGAGACGCGCGCGCGCGACGUGGCGACGGCCGGGCGGCUGGCGCGCAUGGCGGUGCACCGCGACCAGUUCAUGGCCCGCCUGCGCUCCGAGCGCGGCGCCAUGCACACGCAGCGCCUCGCCGCCUUCCAGGCCAAGCUCGCCGCCGAGCGGGAGGCGCGCCUCACGCAGCGCCAGCAGCAGCGCGUCGAGACCAGGCGCCAGGAGUGGCUAGCAGAAAAGCGUCGCAUGGAGGAACGUGCGGCCGAGGAGGCUCGGCGCAUCGCGGAGGAGCAGGAGAAGAAAGAAAAAGAGGAGCGGGAGCGCAAACACCAGGAGGAGCUCGCUGCGCUUAAGGAGAGAAAGGAGAGGGAACACCAAGAGAUGCUCGCCCGCGUUGAAGCGAAAGCACGCGCAGCCGACGCGGAGAUCGCUCGUAAGUUGGACACACAGAAACCCGCCUCCACCGGCAGCUGGAGACAGGGGAAGGAUGUCGACAGGAAGGAGCCCGAAAAGAAGGAGCCUUGGAGAGCAAGCCGCAUCCGCGAGCCGGUGCGCGACGAGCGGCCGCGGUCGCCGGGGCGCGCUCCGCUGCGGGAUGACAGGCCGCGCUACGUGGGUCGCACCAGCGGGCCAGACACCGGCAGUUGGAGGCGAGGCCCGGCGGAACCACCACCGGCGCCCACUGAGCGUUCGUCUGCAUGGCGUUCCAAGGAUGGACCACCUCGUGACGAUAGGCGGGGCGAAGUACGUCGGGAUGACCGCCGCGACGAUCGAUUCCGCGAUCCACCUCGGGACCGUGAGCGCACCGACCGGGACGGAUUCCGGGACCGAGAUCGUUUCCCGCCAAGAAGGGAUGAUCGUGAUGGCCCUCGUCGCGACGACCGUGAUGGCCCGAGGCGUGAUGAUCGCGAUGGUCCACGGCGUGAUGAUCGUGAUGACCGUGAUGGCCCGAGGCGUGAUGAUCGCGAUGGUCCACGGCGUGAUGAUCGCGAUGGUCCACGGCGUGAUGAUCGUGAUGACCGCGAUGGCCCAAGGCGUGAUGAUCGCGAACGUCGCCCGCCGCCUCGUCGGGAAGACAAGCCUCGUGACCCAGAUGAGUGGCAGCAGGCUACGAAACGCUGAGAGAUCUACUAGCAUACUUGUAAAGGGUUCAGCGGAUUUUCAACAUUUAACUAUUCCUCAUACUUUAAAAUUAGUUAGAAAUUUAAAUGUUUUAAACUACUUUCCUAUGUAGCUAUAGGCUUUUUAAGCUAUGUUUUCUUUAUAACAUUUGUAAAGCUAUACUGCAUUUUCUUAAUACUAACAUUCAGGAUAAUUAUUCAGCCUUAAAAAGCAAUUAUUAUCAGUUUUGUCACAUAUAUUACGAGACAAUAAAAACUUAUUAAAAAUAUGGCUCUUAUUUUUAUCUAGCUGUUCUGAAAACUAAAUUGAUAUAUUCAUCAUUGUUCUUACGUUGAAAAUUGUAAUUAAAACGGAACACAAUUGUCGUAUAAAGGAUUUAUUAUUAUUAACGUCGCUUCCCGCUGGACCCUAUUUUUCUCAUUUGUACGCCAUUAUUAUUUAGUCAUGUGCAUUAUUCAACACUUCGAAGGUCUACAUGUAAUCUUACGAUACAAAAGUAUUUACAAUAUAAAUGGUUCAUUUUAAAUGUAUUCUCUUUUAUUUCUCUUUGGUUGAGGACAAUUAAAUUUUAAAUCACUA